AUGCCCUUCUAUUCAGAUUCAGACUCAUCUUCGGAUUCAGACAUCAACAUCCAUUUAACCAAUAAUAAUACCGAUAAUGUUGCGAAAAGAUCCUUAGAUACCAGUAUAACAACUCAUAGCAUGGAAAAUAAAGACUCCACAUUCACAAAAAAUAUUGCAAAACCAUUAUAUUUCAUUGAUAUAACAUCAGAAACUGUUGCUGACUUCGAAUUAAUGAAUUCCAUGUAUACUCUUCAAAGCUAUGAUACUUUACUAUUCUAUCUAGAAAAUGAUAUAAUCCCGAACCAAAGUGCUUUGAAUCAAGCAAGCUGGAAAUUUGUUGUUCCCUCUUUCGAUAUGAUCAACGUUUUGUUCACUUUAGCGUUUAUGUCUUCAAAUUACAAAGGCAAAUAUUUAACCAAGAACAAUCCAUUUAACGUUUCUAAUAGAGAUUUGCAAACAAGAAGUUUAAACCUACUUUCUAAAUAUUUAAGCAUUUUAGAUGAAUCAACAAAUAAGAGCCAUAGUACUUCAAAUUAUACUGAAUACCAAGUGAGUGUUUUGAGGUGUCAGUUUUUUUUAUUUAUUGAUAAUUUAUUCGAUCUUAAUUCUGCUUUUAUGAAAAAUAACAAUGAUAAUGUUUCCUUUAAACUAACUAAAUUCGAUAACUCUUCAUUUAGUAUUUUAGACAGGUUGAAAAUACCUAGCAAUUUAAACUAUACUCAACUCACAACCUCUUUAAAUAAAUUAAAAAAAUUGAAUUCUAAACUAUAUCCCUUUAUUGUUAGUCCCUUUCAAAAUAAUAGUGCUAGUAGUCUCAUGGUUUUUAACAGCUUAAUUUUCCCCUUACAAUUUCAAAAGGAAAAUUUUUGGGAUUAUCUUGGUGAGACUUUAUCUAAUUUGACUUCUUUAAACAACGCUGAGUUUUGUGCAGGGUUAGAAUCAUCUUUUGUUUUUAGCUGUUUGUUGAGAGUAAUAAAAAUUAGACAAGAUUAUUAUAUUGAAAAUGAAUUAUCAAAAGAAAAAAAUGUUUCCAAAAACAUUAAGUUACAACAAUUAAAAGACAGCCCCUUGUGUAAGCUAUUUUCGUUGUUCGAUAAAAGAUACCCCUUAGGCAUACCACAGCUACUAUUUCCAUAUGCCCUAGAUUCAGAUACUAAAAAGAAGAAUCUCGAAAAUUUUUCAUCGAAAGGAAAAAAUAUAAAUAGAGAUUCACAAGGACCAGGGUUUGUUCCUCUUUAUGAUGACCAGGUUUUUAAUGUUGAUAUAAAUUUAAAAUUAAAUUCAAAUUUAAAAAAUAUUGGAUAUCAAACAAAAUUUAAACAACAAGAAAAAUUGUAUUUGGCUACAAACUUUUCUAAACAAAUAAUAUUAUUGUUAUAUGAAUUAUUUCAACAAUUAAAAGUGUUUGUUAAUGGAAAUAGUUCAUCUAUUACUAACCUAUCAUUAACAGGCAGAGUAACUAGAAACAGUUCUAAUUUCGCUUAUACUAAAAAAGAGUUUCAACUUCAACUUGUAAAGUAUUUAAUUAGGGAGUUUAAAACAAAUCAUUUUGAAGCUUUUUUCCAUUUGGAUUUUGUUGAUAUUUUAGAAGAAAAUAACCGGCUAUUGGAAUUUUUGUGGGAUAUAGGCUGGCUAACAAUUAACCACAUAAGAAAUAUAGACGAUGAUUUCGUUUUACCUCGAUUAACAAAUAAAGAGAACCAUAAAUUAAAAUCUAAGUUUGAACUAAAGGAAAUCAGUGGAGCUUUUUAUGAAGUUAUAAAAACCACUUAUCAGGAAUCAUUUGAAAUGGAAUUUGAAAUUUGUUUGCAAUGUAUUUUAAGAAUUUAUUUUAUCUAUUUAAACAAAACCUUUUUCAAUAACAACGAUGAAUUAAGAUCUUUUAAGAAAAAAUUUAAUAUUUCAAUGGAAAAAUAUUUAACUUAUAGAGAUCAAUCAUAUAAUACAGACAUAAAAGGAAAAAUAAUGAAAUUUAUCAAAAAUAUAUGA